AAUUAACCGUGGAGAAUGAAGGUAGAAGAAUAGAAUUAAAGUGCCUCAGUUCCUUAUUCUUUCAUUUGAUGUUACUCUUUGUCUUUUUCUAGACAAAAGAAAUUGUCUUUUGAUUGGAGGUUGAUUGGAGAGAUUGGCGGUUGGAACCAUUAAUUGAAAAUUCAAGGCUGUUUAGAAGUGACAGUGUAUCAUGCGUGCCACUGAUUCCAGGGGACACCCCCCUGCUUUCCUACAACCUCAGAAUGGAAGCAGCCAUCGCUCAUCUGGCUAUGUUCCUGGGAAGGUUGUCCCACUGCGACCCCCUCCUCCUCCAAAGAGCCAAGCUUCAGCCAAAUUUACCUCCAUCAGACAGGAAGCCCGGGCCACCUUUGCUUUCUCUUCUGAGGAACAGCAAGCCCAGAGAGAAAGCCAAAAGCAGAAGAGGCACAAAAAUACUUUCAUUUGCUUUGCUAUUACUAGCUUUUCAUUUUUUGUUGCACUUGCAGUCAUUUUAGGAAUAUCCUCAAAAUAUGCUCCAGAUGAGAAUUGCCCAGAUCAAAACCCCCGUCUCAGGAACUGGGAUCCAGGACAAGAUUCUACAAAGCAAGUUGUUGUCAAGGAGGGGGAUAUGUUUCGUCUGACCUCAGAUGCCACAGUGAAUUCCAUAGUCAUUCAAGAUGGAGGGCUGCUUGUAUUUGGGGACAAUAAAGAUGGAUCCAGAAAUAUUACUUUGAGGACUCGUUACAUCCUGAUCAAGGAUGGUGGGGCGCUUCAUAUUGGAGCAGAAAAAUGCCGCUAUAAAUCCAAAGUGACAAUUGCCUUGUAUGGCAAGUCAGAUGAAGGUGAAAGUAUGCCAACAUUUGGCAAAAAAUUUAUUGGUGUGGAAGCCGGCGGGACACUGGAAUUACAUGGGGCGCAGAAGACAUCGUGGACGUUGUUGGUGAGAACUCUGCAUGCUUCAGGCUUGACCUUUGGCUCUUAUGCCUUUGAAAAGGAUUUUCACAGGGGCCUCAAUGUGAGGGUUAUUGACCAAGAUACAGCCAAGAUUUUGGAAAUUGAGAGGUUUGAUACCCAUGAAUAUCAUAAUGAAAGCAGGCGACUUCAGGAGUUCCUGAGAGUCCAGAGUCCAGGACGGAUUGUUGCCAUAGCUGUCGGAGAUUCAGCAGCCAAAAGCCUCUUACAGGGAACCAUACAAAUGAUCCAGAACCGGUUGGGAAGUAAGCUGAUCCAAGGACUGGGCUACAGGCAAGCAUGGGCUUUGGUUGGUGUCAUUGAUGGUGGAAGUAUUUCUUGCAAUGAAUCUGUGAGAAACUAUGAAAAUCACAGUAGUGGAGGGAAGGCUCUUGCCCAAAGAGAAUUUUAUACUGUGGAUGGUCAGAAGUUCUCUGUGACAGCUUAUAGUGAGUGGAUUGAAGGUGUUUCUCUUUCAGGUUUCCGAGUAGAGGUUGUGGAUGGAGUGAAGCUUCAUCUGCUGGAUGAUGUUAGUAGCUGGAAACCCGGAGACCAGAUUGUGGUCGCAAGCACAGACUAUUCCAUGUACCAAGCAGAGGAGUUCACCCUUCUCCCCUGUCCUGAGUGCAGCCGCUUCCAGGUCAAAGUCAAAGAAACUCCUCAGUUCCUGCACAUGGGUGAAAUUGUAGAUGGUGUAGACAUGAGAGCUGAGGUUGGAAUUCUCACCCGGAAUGUUGUAAUUCGAGGAGAAAUGGAAGAGGCAUGCUAUGCUGAGAACCAGUGCCAGUUCUUUGAUUAUGAUACCUUUGGGGGACAUGUCAUGAUAAAGAAAAAUUUUACUUCAGUCCAUCUUUCUUAUGUGGAAUUGAAACACAUGGGUCAGCAGCACCUGGGGCGGUAUCCUAUUCAUUUUCACUUGUGUGGCGAUGUGGAUUAUAAAGGAGGGUACAGACAUGCAGCAUUUGUGGAUGGCCUGUCAAUUCACCACAGCUUCUCAAGGUGUAUCACUGUGCACGGGACAAAUGGCUUGCUGAUAAAAGACACUAUCGGAUUUGACACACUCGGUCAUUGUUUCUUUUUGGAAGAUGGUAUUGAACAGAGAAACACUUUGUUCCACAAUCUGGGACUCCUCACCAAACCAGGCACCCUCCUUCCCACUGACAGGAAUAACUCCAUGUGCACCACCAUGCGGGAAAAGGUGUUUGGAAAUUAUGUUCCCGUGCCUGCUACUGACUGUAUGGCUGUUUCAACUUUCUGGAUUGCUCAUCCCAACAAUAAUCUGAUUAAUAAUGCAGCUGCAGGCUCACAGGAUGCUGGGAUAUGGUAUUUAUUCCACAAGGAACCUACAGGGGAAUCCAGUGGAUUACAGCUCUUAGCAAAACCAGAACUCACUCCAUUGGGAAUAUUUUAUAACAACAGAGUCCAUUCAAAUUUUAAGGCUGGCUUAUUUAUUGACAAAGGUGUCAAAACAACCAAUGCUAGUGCUGCUGACCCAAGGGAAUACCUCUGUUUGGAUAACAGUGCAAGGUUUCGGCCUCAUCAGGAUGCAGACCCUGAAAAGCCACGUGUUGCUGCUUUAAUUGACAGGCUUAUUGCUUUUAAAAAUAAUGACAACGGAGCUUGGGUCAGAGGGGGAGAUGUUGUCGUUCAGAAUUCAGCAUUUUCAGAUAAUGGAAUAGGGCUGACCUUUGCCAGUGAUGGAAGCUUCCCAAGUGAUGAAGGUUCCAGCCAAGAGGUAUCUGAAUCUCUCUUUGUUGGGGAGAGCACGAAUUACGGCUUUCAGGGUGGUCAGAACAAGUAUGUAGGCACUGGAGGAGUAGACCAGAAGCCCCGGACGUUACCCAGGAACAGGACAUUUCCAAUUAGAGGCUUUCAGAUUUAUGACGGACCUAUUCAUCUCACCAGAUGCACUUUCAAAAAAUAUGUGCCAACUCCAGAUAGGUAUACCAGUGCUAUUGGCUUCCUCAUGAAAAAUUCCUGGCAGAUAACCCCCAGGAAUAAUAUCUCCCUCGUGAAGUUUGGUCCACAUGUCUCUCUCAAUGUCUUCUUUGGAAAGCCUGGCCCCUGGUUUGAAGAUUGUGAGCUGGAUGGUGAUAAGAACUCCAUAUUCCAUGAUGUUGAUGGCUCUGUGACAGGAUACAAGGAUGCUUAUGUGGGAAGAAUCGACAACUACCUGAUCCGCCAUCCAAGCUGUGUUAACGUUACCAAGUGGAAUGCAGUGGUGUGCAGUGGGAACUACGCCCAGGUCUAUGUGCAGACAUGGAGCACUCAGAAUCUGACUAUGACCAUCACACGAGAUGAGUAUCCAGCCUACCCUAUGGUGCUCCGGGGAAUUAACCAGAAGGCAACCUUUCCACAGUACCAGCCUGUGAUCAUGCUGGAGAAGGGCUAUACCAUCCACUGGAAUGGACCAGCCCCGAGGACUGCUUUUCUGUACCUCAUAAACUUCAACAAGAAUGACUGGAUUCGAGUUGGCCUCUGCUAUCCGUCCAACACAAGUUUUCAGGUUACCUUUGGCUUUUUACAGCGGCAUAAUGGCUCAUUAUCCAAAAUGGAAGACUAUGAGCCUGUGCAUUCGCUGGAAGAAUUGCAGAGGAAGCAGUCUGAAAGGAAAUUCUAUUUUGACUCCAGCACAGGGUUACUGUUUUUGUAUCUCAAAGCCAAAAGCCACAGGGAUGGUCACAGUUACUGUUCAUCUCAGGGAUGUGAAAGAGUCAAGAUCCAGGCAACAACAGACUCAAAAGACAUUAGUAACUGCAUGGCCAAAGCAUAUCCCCGGUAUUACAGAAAGCCAUCAGUACUCAAGCCAAUGCCAUCCAUGCUCAAGGGACCCUGUCAAGGCUGCGGGACUCGUCAGGUGGUGUUUACCAGUGAUCCUCAUAAAAGCUACCUCCCUGUGCAAUUCUGGUCACCCAGUCAAGCACAGACUCAGAAUGGAGACCUGUCUAUUAUUUCUAUCAACGGCACCGACUUCACCUUCCAAGGGGCGGGCAUCUUCCUCCUGAUUGUGGAUGCCUGCAGUGUUCCUUUCCGCUUGAUGGAAAAAAAACUUUUCUCUCUCAAGGACGCCAGUCGCAUGGAAGAGUACUUCAAAACAAGUAUCCCUCCAAGGUCAGUUGUCCUGUUGAGCACACGAGGAGAGAUAGCACAGUUGAAUAUUUCAGAUUCAUUAGUACCUCUGGGAUUAGCCAAACCAGCCCAUCUUUAUAACAAUGGGAGUACCAUAUUUUUGGGAUUCAGUGGAAACUUUAAACCGUCAUGGACUAAGCUAUUUACCAGUCCUGCUGGACAGGGCCUCGGGCUGCUCGAACAAUUUAUACCUUUGCAGCUGGACGAAUAUGGUUGUCGCAGGGCUGGCACUGUCCGCCGAAGAGACCUGGAGCUGUUGAAGCAAACUUCAAGAGCACAUUAGAGAUUGACUGUAACUUAAGUGCUGGGGGGAAAAAAUGUGAACUAACUUAUUUAAUUUAUGGCAUUUUAGAAUGACACUGUUAACCCAAUGGAACCAUUUCCCUGUUUGAUUCAGAAAGGGGAGAAAAGAGUUUAAAAGUGAUGUGAUUGCUUGAAUACCAGCUCACGCACCUUCUAGUUGUACACAAUGUUCAAGAAUUUAUUUGUAUUUGUUAGGCUGGUAUAAUUCAGAGAGCAGUUAUUCCUUACCUCCCACCCCUGUGUUUUGUAGUGACCAUAAGCAGUGCUUCACCUUUUGAAUACUGGGAUGUUGUGUGGGGAGGUGGGGGCUUUGAAAAUCAGCCUGAGUCCUUGGGAGGACCAGCUCUUGUAGCACCUUGGAUACUUGAAGUCUAAUGCUCAGUUGUGUCGUUGACUUUGGGUCAGCAAUUGACCUGGGUGGCUGGCAUAUUCUCUAAUGCCCUGGGCCCUGGUUCUGGACAGCCUUUGAGGGUUUUAUAUGAUAAUGAAUGAUAGAGUUUUAAGUGGCAACUCAGGCCCAGCUCAUGCCCUUUUUUGCCUGGACAUGUGCUAUUUUUAUUCAUUUGUAUCUUGAUUCCUUCUAAGGGUUCAUCUUUCAAACAGGAAGUAUAUUGGGACAAAGGGCUUUUAGGGGUUAGACAUGCCUUUAAUCUGUGACCAUUGGGCAAAAAUUUGACCUGCACCAGGGUCUGAGGUUGGUGGGACCAUUUUUGCAGCUUUAAUCCUUAGCCUGUUUUGACUGUACAUUUGUAUUUAAAAUGCAGAGCUGAACUAAAUAUUUACAUUUUUUAAAGAGAGAAUCAGGCCUUUUUCCUAAACUUAUGUUGUUUCAACUUGCACAAAGGAAGUCUCUUCUUGGAGUUGCUCCUACACCCAGCUUCUUUGUUGUUGCUUUUGUGUGUGGAUUUUUUUUUCCCCAAGUUUUUCUGCUCACUCACCUGGCAGGAUAACUGCAGAAAGUUUAAUGAUACCCCAAAAUACUGCACUCGGGAAGAAAAAAAGGAGAGCCAAAUCAUGGAGGGAAUAUAAAGAAACAAACCUUUUUAUAUAGCCUUAGAGUCUGAAACUCUUCAGUUGUUAGAGCCAAUACAAAAAGACCCUGCAAUUCCCUAUUUUUCUCCCCACCGGGUGCAUGCAUCGCCUGCUAGUGAGGAUUGCAUAUGGUAGAAGGAGAUUGCUGCAACAGCCUGAGAUGUCACCACACCAAGAGGAAAGAAGCAUUGAAAUGCCUUUACCUUUUCCUAAACCCACAGUGCAUGAAGUGUAGUGGAGGGAUGACCACAGUGAGAUAGGACAGAGUAUGUUCAGGCUGACUUUGGCAAUGAGAACAGACAAAUUCACUUUUCUCUACAAGAGCAGUGGUUAAUGGCCUGUCCUUUUGUGUCCAAGAGAAACUGCAGAGCAGCUCUGUGACUUACUUUACAAAAUAUGCUACCUCAAAGUGCUACCGAUAAACCUUUCUAACUGUAAGUGCUCUUGCUAAGGGCACAUGUCUUAAUAUCAUAGUUUAGGUUUUUUGGGUUUUGGGUUUUUUUUUUUUUUGUAUAUUGAUGAAUGAGAUCUUACCUAUUAAAUAUAUUAUUGGAUCAUGGUUCCUCAAGGUUAUUAAAGUUUGUGUGUGUGUGUUUUUUACGACAAAUAUCUUUUAUGUGUGUUUUUUAGAAUUUGGAUCUUUAAAGAUUUGGAGAGGAUAUGUAAGUUCUAAGGCACUCAGUUUUUCUGAUUUAUAUGUUAAUGAUCAGGGCCUAAGUUAAAUAAAUAAAAAUAUGUGUGCAUGUAUUUUUUA